GAAAAAUUAAAAAAGGGGGCGAACUCCGCUGAAGAGCCGAAGAAACCCUCGUCUCUCUCUCUCUCCCACGCUGCCUCCUCUCUCUUUCUCUCUCGUGCGCUCUCUAAUGGCGGAAGAAGAGAAUAAGACGACGCCGCCGCCGACGACGCCGCCGCUGCCGACGACGACGACGACGACGACGACAACGAAGACGAUCCCUGCGCGCUACGACCUCGAUGCGAAGUGGGACGCGUGCCUCGACCUCUCCAUCCGCCGCGUUGUCUACUCCUCCCUCGCCGGCGCCUUCACCGGCCUUCUCUUCUUCCGGAGCCCGACAACUCGAUGGGCAUCCAUAGCUUUUGGUGCUGGAGCGGGCGUUGGAGCAGCAUACACAGAAUGCUCGUAUCUGUUUGAUGGUUCUGCUCCCAAGUGGUCUCCGCCUCCUAAGGUUUCAACUGUUCAUCCUGCUUCCUCAUUGGAAGAGAAGUGAAUGACUGAUCAAAAGUCUUUUGGUUAAGGAAUUUUUGAAGGUAUGGAGCAAGAUAUUUCUUUCCUUUUGUAUGUCGGCUUGACCUUACACUGAGGAACUGUAUUUGCUCCUUUGGAUCUGUUAUACUAUUGAGAAUAUGUUUUGUUUCGAGCUUUGUUCAAUCACUGAUGUUCCCUUGUUUGAUUGUCGAAAGCAGCAAUAAAUGCAUGCUAUGUAAACCUUUUGAUAGGUGCCCUUAAACUUUGUGAGAAUAGCUUUAGCAUCAAUGCCAUAUUUUUAUGAACUUUUUUUUUUCCCCCU